GAGAGUAUCCAGGUGUGUCCAAUACUUCCUCCGAUCCAAAACAAUCCAAAACGCGAAUCGAGUCCAUAAUAGUCAAAUUUAAACUGAAAAACAAACGUCUCUUUUCUUCCACUUUGGUGGAUGGAUCAAACCAGAAAACUUCUCCGAUGACCUUAGAACACCAGAGAGAGGACUCUGAAUGCGCUUCUCUCGUGCGCGAAGAGUCAGUUCCGGCUGGAACCUCUUUCAAAUCGCCUGACAGAUCUGAAAAUGGUAUCCCGAGACCAAGGCAUUUCAAAACAGAAGACGAAGAAGAUGAUGGAUCUGCCCCUUAUUCUACAGCUAAAUUCCAUGAGCAACUUUUGGAUCAGGCGGGAUUUGGAGCAUUUCACUUACUGGUGCUACUUAUUGCUGGCUUGGGGCUUACAGCAGAUGCCGUAGAACUCUUUGCGAUAGGUUAUAUUUUACCUAGCGCAGAGCAUGAGCUAUGUAUGGAAGAAGAUCAAAAAGGAUGGCUUGGUACAAUUUCUUUCAUCGGGAUGAUGAUCGGAGCUCUCGUAUGGGGCAUUAUGGGGGAUAGGCUGGGAAGAAGACGUACUUUACUAACAGCCCUAGCCAGCAAUGGAAUUUUUGGUGUCAUAACUGCUUUUAUGCCAACUUACUCACUUCUCAUGAUAACUCGUCUGUGCAGUAGUAUCGGAAUCGGUGGAUCUUUACCAAUUGUUUUCACAUUUUAUUCCGAAUUUCUAGUUCGUAAGAACAGAGGCAAACAUCUUAGUUUUUUACUCGCAUUCUGGGCUCUUGGUGGAAUAUUCGUAGCCGUCUUAGCUUGGGGAAUAAUUCCAAAGAGUGGUACAACUAUAAUGGACACUAAGCGACUGCAUUUCGGAAGAUGGAGAAAAUUUCUCCUGAUAUGUUCCAUUCCGGCAAUUACAUCUGCUGUCGGAACAUCUUUCCUUCCAGAAUCUCCUAGAUUUCUGCUUGAGAUGGGACGUAACGGUGAAGCUCUCUAUGUAUACAAACAAAUCCUGUCCUGGAAUAAUGCUAUAAAAAGUCGCGAAGAAUAUCAGCUGACCGAGAUUGAAGUACCAGGUAAACGGCCUACCGUCCACAUAUCUAUUCCAUCCAACAGAGGAAUUUUAAGAGAAAUACUUCGCUCUCUUGAACAGUGCUGGGACAAUGUUAGUCAAGUAUUUUCUCCACCGCACACAUUUAUGACUCUUUUCCUAUUGGCUGCAUGGAUGACAGCAUCAUUCGGGUUUUAUGGAAUAACAAUCUCUCUUCAUGAGUACACAAGAAAACUGGAGGAAGUCGACUUUAAAUCCAAAACAGUGAAGCAGGCCAAUUCUGUAGUUCAAGAUGAGAAUAUUAAUACAACUAUUGAAAAUACCCAUAUUACGAAUUAUUCUUUUGUGAAUGUUAGGUUUUACCAAAUGCUUAUUAGCCACUGCACUUUCCAAGACUGUUCUUUCACAAACUGCACUUUCAGUAACAUCCGAUCAAGCAAGACAUAUUUUAAAAACUGCGAUUUUUAUCAAACUGAGUUUCUUGACACAGAUCUCUACAGAUACAAGUUUCAAACCUGUUCAUUUAAAUCAGCAUACUUUUUCAACACUAAAGGUGGCUGUGAUUUAGAUUUUGACAUAACUUUUCAGCUAUCUGAGUUAUUUUAUCAGAAUUUAUUUCCUCAGCUUACUAUCCUACCUGGUACCUUAAUAUCAUCAUUUGUUUUGGACAGAGCUGGUAGAGUGAAAACUCUAGGCUUUUCGUUGCUGCUUACUGGACUUAGUGCAGGGCUGAUAUGGUUUGCUGAAAGUAAAGCCGCGAUUAUAGCAUAUGAAGCUGUAUUCAGUUUUCUGUCUAUUUUUGGCUGGAAUGCAUUGGAUGUGAUAUCAACUGAAGCUUACCCUGCAAAUAUCAGAACAACCAGCUAUGGAAUAUUUGCCGCAGUGAGUCGUCUGGCUGCAAUUCUAAGUAAUAUAUCACUGGGAAGUGCCACUGAUAUCACCAAAAUCAUUCCAAUCGUUACAUCAGGUGCAGUUUUAUUGACAGGAGCAGCUUGCAUCACACGACUCCCAGAAACGAGAGAUUAUCUUGUUUAGAAACAGCAAAAUUAUCAUUUACUUGAGUAAUAUGUAAAGAACUUUGACUUCAUUUGGACCUGCUUCUUCUUCUAAUAAAUAACAAUAAUUGGUACAAAAGCUCUAAAUGCAAACUACAAGCUUAUACUUGAGAACUAAAUGUGCAACAUCCGAUAUACAUCAUAAAGACAUAAUCAUACAGAUAAGGCCGGCAUCAGAGUCGAUGCAGCCAUAACGGAAGGCAAAAUUUUUAAAUUUAGAAGAGGGACCGAGGAAUUUAGCAGCAGCAGAGAUUUAAUUCGGAACCAAACCUGGUAGCUCCCAAUCCAACAUACACAAAAAUGUCGGGGAAAAUGCACAAAGAAAUCAGAAAGAAUCAUAUUUUUGAUUGAUUUCAAAUUAGCCCACCGUGACAUUUACAAUCAAACAAGAGACAAUCAAAAUCAUUUCUUUUCUUCAGUGCCUAUUUAUAUUUUUUUAACUACAUUUGCUUUUUAUGUUCAGCAACAAGUUAUUGAGGUUAAUGUUGGGAAGAUUCAUUUACUUUUACAUCUAUUUUAUACACUCAUUUUUAAUUGUACUGUUGUUCUCUGGGUCAAAAUAUUAAGAUAUUAUAACCUUUGCGUGUGACCUUAACUUCGAUUACGAGCAGAUUGUUUGGAUUACGGGAAAGCACACGAGGGUUAUCGGUCUACCUUAACACAGACAUAUGCUUCAAUUCAUACAGUUCAGCCACUGAUAUUGUAAAGAGAUAAUGAAAACUUAACUGAUUUCAAAGAUGAUGUCCAAAGUAUGCACAAGUGUAGGCUUUUGUUUUGGAUGAAAAAGAAAUCCCAUUCUGUUUUAUGAUAACUAUGUUCUGUUAGCUCUAGUAUCAUAGGAAAGUAUUAUAUUUUUUAUACUUUAAAGAUUUUAUAAGCACAAAGUUAUGUAUCAGUGUUCUACAAAAUUAUUCAGUCGUAUGACUGAAUAGAUAUUAUAGUUUUUUUGGUUUUGUAUUUCAGCAUUAAGUCUGAUCCAUAUCACACUCAGAGCCUGUUAAGUUUUAUAACUUUUUUAAAUAGAAGUCUAAACAAUUUGAAAUUUUAAUAAUAUCUGAAUAUUAAAAUACGAAUCUUUUAUACUUAAAUAUUUAUCAAACUCCUGAGAUGUUUGAUAGUUAAAAUUUAAUGAUGGAAUACAUAAAAGUGUUUGUCAUUAAAUGUUUAUAUAUUUUCUUUUAUCACCAACAUUCCCUUGUUAAAAGUAAUUCUAUCUACUCAGUUGUUAUAAAGAAUGUUUCUACUGAUUGUAAAUUAGUACGCUUAUAAAAAGUUGACAACUAUCUUAACAGUCAUGGACUGUAUAAAGAUAAAAGAACAUGUGAGAAGUUUUACUGCCUGUAAUGAGGCUUAUUCUCAUCUCAUAGCGUGUAACGUCCAUGUAUAUGUUUAUGUGACCAAAAUGUAUAACAUUUGUUUUUAGAAAAGGUUGCUAAUUUGGCACAAAUGAGCAGUUCUUCGAGUCUGUGAAGGCAAAUUCUUGUCUUAAAUAGUUUACAAAAGGGAUGGUCUUAUUGCUGUUCUUAAAGAGUUAGCCGGGAAUAUUUUGCAACAUAAUUAAAUUUCAUUACUCUUCUUUUUUUUACUGAUGCAUAUCUAGUGCAAUAAUUCUACAAAUUGAUAAAUAAUUGUUAAUGGUACUGAAUGAUUUCCCAUUACUAAGUUUAUGAAUUCUCGUUUUCAGAAAGUAUUUAAAUGGAAAAAAAGGGAGUUGUGUAUUUCCUACAAAACAGCUCAUUCUUUUCUGAUGAUGAUUAAUACAUCAUUUUAUAUAAAGAAAGAUAGUAAUUAUUUAGCAUACCAUUUUGUAGUGCAAUUUCGGUAAUACAUAAUAGAAUGCAGACUUUGAGAUCACUGCAUAAUCGCAAAAGGCAUCCUGUAAAGAACAACAUUGCAAUUUAAAAGCAAAUCGAUGCAGUCAAAGAAGACUCUGAAUGGACUGCUCAUUAUGUGCAUGAUUCGGGAAAAGCCAUACUUGGCUACUUCCUUAGUCUGUAUGAUGCUGAGAUAUAUUGUUAUAAUUCAAUUGUAAAACUUGUGAUAAAUGUAUACGUUAAGUAUGUUGUUCUGUAGAUCUUCAAUGUAAUCAUGGUGCUGAAACACACAAUCCUAGAAAUCAAGCUGAAAUGAAUAAAUUAGAAAUAUUAUAACUUCUUCAAUUCAGAACUUUUGUUUUUGUGGAAACAUACACUGGAUAUGCAUAACUAUAUUAUAUCAGUCAAGAAAGGUAAAUAUUUUGUUAGAACGUGGUAACAUUAGUAUUAACAACCUUAAAUACUUUAGAAAAGAGUAUGGAUUUCCAUCUAGGUAUGAAAAUAAGUAAAAUAACUAUUUACUUCAUGUGAAGUUUCUAAAUUCUCGUUUUCAGAAAGUAUUUAAAUGGAAAAAAAUGAUUUGUGUAUUUCCUACAAAACAGCUCAUUCUUAUUUGAUGAUGAUUAAUACAUCAUUUUAUAUAAAGAAAGAUAGUAAUUAUUUAGCAUACCAUUUUGUGAUUCAAUUUCGGUAAUAUAGAGUAGAAGCGUAAAGGUGGCUAACGCCUUUUCCACCCACCAUUCCAAAAUCAUUUGUUAUUUACCCUUUUAACGUCAUUUUAUAAUUUGUUAACUCUAAUUCUAUAUGAAUCUAACUAGCGCUUUUGUCCAACUUAUGCCUAAAUUUCAAAUACAUUGUUGACAAUAGAGUGAUAGCUAAUAGAGCUAUAACUCUCUUGGUUGUAGUUAAUAGAAUUUUUGAACUGUUCUGAUGUUCAUUUUAAGAACGCAAGGGCUGUAUUCCAUACUUGACAGCAUCGAGAUUUUCAAUGUCAUAAUUAAUUGUUACCACCGUUCUCACAAAACAUCAAUAAAUUAUUGUAUUAGUGAAAUGAAUUCCUUUAUCAUGACCUAUGUAAGUGUGCAAACUAUUUUCUGGCAUUUCUUUCUAAAUCUAACGUAUGUAGAAAUGAUCAUGUCAGCGAAAUGUAAAAUAUAUAUGAUGUCAGUUUUGUAUUCUGGCAUUUGUAGUUUAUUGUGUGUAUAUGCCAUAACCAUAGACGGUUGAAAGCGAUUAGUUAUGUCAGUUAUAUUCUGCUUUAUUUAUUAUUUUGCUACGAGGUAUAAAAAAAACCUUGGCUUACUGCCAUUUUGCUGACUUUCAGUUGUAAAUAAAAUCUUUAACCCAGUUAAA